GUCCUGGCCUGCCCUCUUCCUGCAGGGAUGAAGACACCAGUGGGGAGUGGGCUGUGAGUCCACAGCAUGGGAGGCGGCCCAGGGGCUGGUAGGGGCCCCACACCCAGCCCAGGAAGGAGCAGGAGGGUCCCAGGCCCUCAGCUGUGGAGGGGGAGCAGGCGCUGGUCCGCAGCCCAGGCAGCCUACCCCCCCCCCCAUUUCCUGUUAGGGAUGGGAGGGAGCAGUAGGCCUGACUGCUCCCUUGACUCCCUGGCCUGAAGCCUCUCAAAGGGCAGGGUGGCUCAUGACCUGCUCUGGGUUGUUGGCGUCUGCACUUUUUUAGGGCCUCCCAAAUUUCAGCAGGACUUGAGGCCAGGGGACCCACAGGGAAGGAGAAGGCCCAGCGGCUACUUAGGGUGACCUGGUCUGAGCAGAGGAGUAGACCCAGUGCCUCUAGGCUCCUUUUAACUCCCCCAGACUCCCACUGUAGCCAGGGUCCUUCCCAGGCCCCGGAGGCCAGCCAUCUGCCUGUGGCCUGGACCUUCUCUUUCUGUGGGAUCAGAGAAUGUGAGUGAGGGACAGCCUGGGACAGGUGGGACGGGAGAACCAGGCAGCAGAGGCCCUGCUCCCAGGGUGUGUGGUGGAGAUGUCCACAGAGGUCUCAGCACUAAUGGAAACCAGUUAGACAAACAGAGGGGAGGCCAGGCUGGAGGGCGGCUGGCCGGGCGGGGCUUGUUUUUCCAGAAUGAAGGCGGGAGGAGCCUGGGGUCGAGUUCCCACAUGGAUUCUGGGGUGGGAAAUGGGCCCCACCCAGCCCAGAAAAGCCAGGACCCUCAGGUCCUGGGGCUGGUCCUGGUGGCCCUCGGUCCCCUCUUGUCCCCUGCCAUGCAGCAGCCCCAGGGGUAGAAGCCCUGUCUGAAGACUUGAGAACCAAGGCAGGGUUCAGAAUCCUGCCCCCAGGGCUUGGGCCUGUGAGGAUUCCAUCCAAAUGGGCUGCGGACUGCAUGCAAGGGUUCUGCGGUUGUUUAGAAUCUUCUUUCUUUUCUUUUUGUCUUGAGGUUUGCUUAACGAGCAGGAGUGGGUUUGGUGCACAGUGCCUGCUCUGUUAUUUUACAUCUGUUUAUGUGACUUUGUAAGUUUUCCCAGAGCUUCAAAUUUGUGCCUUUCCUUCAGUGGUGAGUGGUUGGGGGUCCUACGCCCUGCCUCCCCUGGGUGGGGGUCUUCCAGGGGCACAUAACCUGGGUCAGACUUCAGGGUCACGAGGAGGCUCUGUCCAGGUCGACCACCUCUCUGGCCUCAGUGCCAGGGGCACUACCCUGCCUCCCUGGUUGGCUCCUCUGGGUCCUAAAGAGGACUGCGCUGCAGUGCCCAUAAUGCUGUUCCCAGAGAGCCCACCAGGGUCCCUGGAAGGGUGCCAAGGUCCUCCUCAGCUAAGAGGCAGAGGCAAAGGGCCAUCUGGCACAGGGGCCAGUAGGUGGGAGGCAGCUCUAGUGGGGGACGCCAGAAGUUGGGGGACACAGGAGCCCCCACCAGGAAGUCCCAGAUGUCACUGAUACCCACAUGGCCUCAGGGGUCCUACCUCAGGCUCUGUUACCCCCACAAGGACUGGGCUACUACCCCUCCCUAUGCUGGCCAGUGAGUGUCCAGCCAGGGCUCCACUCCACCCUGCAGGGCAGGUUGGCUGCAAGGCAGCCCCUCCCCACCAGGCCAGCCAAGGAUGGGGAGGCCAAGGGGCUGGAGCAGCGGGAGUGGGCGGGGCACAGACCGCAGGCCCAGGGCUCCGUGAUGUCACGGCGGGGGCUAGGCGGGGGGAGGUGGUCGGCUGUUUUUCUGGAGAGUUAGGCUGGAGGGAGACAAAGCCAGAGGGGCUGGGCUGGCGCCAUGGAGCUGCCGUCCGGCGCCCUGCUGUGGAAACUCCUGCUCCUGGAGAGCUUUGCUGUCCUCCUGUCCUCAGGGCCCUCAGGGUCUCCAACAGCUGGCAGCUCGGUGGUAUCUGAGUCGGCAGUGAGCUGGGCAGCGGGUACCCAGGCCGUGUUGCGCUGCCAGAGCCCCCGCAUGGUGUGGACCCAAGACCGGCUGCACGACCGCCAGCGUGUGGUCCACUGGGACCUCAGCGGCGGACCUGGAGGCCCAGCGCGCCGACUUGUGGACAUGUACUCUGCUGGGGAGCAGCGCGUAUACGAGCCGCGCGACCGGGGCCGCCUCCUUCUGUCGCCCUCCGCUUUCCACGACGGCAACUUCUCACUGCUUAUCCGCGCGGUGGAGGAGGGCGACGAGGGGCUGUACACCUGCAACCUGCACCACCACUACUGCCACCUCUACGAGAGCCUGGCCGUGCGCCUCGAGGUCACCGACGACCCCCAAGCCGCACGCGCGUUCUGGGACGGCGAGAAGGAGGUGCUGGCGGCGGUGCGCGGCGCGCCCGCGCUGCUGACCUGCGUGAACCGCGCGCACGUGUGGACCGACCGGCACCUGGAGGAGGCACAGCAGGUGGCGCACUGGGACCGGCAGCCGCCGGGGGUGCCGCACGACCGAGCCGACCGCCUGCUGGACCUGUAUGCGUCCGGAGAGCGCCGAGCCUACGGGCCGCCCUUCCUGCGCGACCGCGUGGCGGUGGGCGCCGACGCCUUCGCCCGCGGGGACUUCUCGCUGAGCAUCGACCCCCUGGAACCGGCUGACGAGGGUACCUACUCCUGCCACCUGCACCACCACUACUGCGGCCUGCACGAGCGCCGGGUCUUCCACCUGAGGGUCACUGAGCCCGCCGCGGGGCCGCCUCCGCGGGCCUCGCCCGGCAACGGCUCGGGCCACGGCAGUGUCCCUGGCCCAGACCCCACGCUGGCGCGAGGCCGCAGCGUCAUCAACGUCAUCGUCCCCGAGGGCCGGGCCCACUUCUUCCAGCAACUGGGCUACGUGCUGGCCACGCUCCUGCUCUUCAUCCUCCUGCUCAUCACUGUGGUCCUGGCCACACGCCAGCGCCGCCGCGGAGGCUACGAGUACUCGGACAAGAAGUCGGCAAAGGCCCCAGGGAAGGAUGUAAAUUUGGCGGAGUUUGCUGCGGCCAAAGAGGACCAGGCUCCUUACAGGAGUGACGACAUUCAACUAGAUUACAAGAACAACAUCCUGAAGGAGAGGGCUGAGCUGGCCCACAGCCCCCUGCCUGCCAAGAGCAUUGACCUGGACAAAGAGUUCAGGAAAGAGUACUGCAAAUAAAGGGAGCCUGGGCUCCUGGCUGGCCAGCAGCUCUGCCUUGGAGGAUGUCCCCUGACCUUGCCAUGCUCACCGGGCUCCUUUCCAGCGGCUGGCCCGCUUGCUUUCCUGGAACUUGGUCCAGACUGGCCAGAGUGGCUGCCCUCACUCCCUCUUCCAGGAAUAACCCUCAUUCUCCUAGGGACUCUGCCACAGUGGCUGCCACACUUUGGCCACCUUUGUCCACUGGUGGCCCUGUCCCCACUUCUGCCACAGCCAAGAUCCUCGAUGUUCACCAAGCCUUCAGGCCCUCCUGGCUUCUCCCUGCUAGGGGCAGGAAGAUGUUCAGAGAAGCUCAGUCAGAACCUGGUGGCUUAGGAAGCUGGGAGGCUGGCACAUCCCCUUUUUUCAGGGGAGCUCUGUGCCACUGUGAGCCCCCAAGGGCCUGUCUGAACUGCACUGCCCAGCAUCCCUUCUGGGUGCUGCCUGAUCUGUGCUGGGACUGAGGACUCCAGGCCCUCUGUGCUGCUUUGGGCCAAUGGGGCUACCCCUUGGCUCUGCCUCUGCUUUUGACCCUUUAUCCAGCUUUCUCUCCCUUUUUUCCAUGGCCCACUUGACAGUCACUGGGCUCCUUACGACCUUGACCAAUGCCCCUCCCCGGGCUGGAGUCUGGGGCUGGGGCCACAUCCUGGCUUUUGUUUUGACUGAGGAUAGAGUUUGGGGUGAGGACAAUUCUAUGUGCUGCCACACUUGGUCUUGUUGGGGGUUUUGCCACAUCACAAUAAAGGCCACAUUUGACUUUUA